AUGCUCGCGUGUGUCCCGAUAGCCAAGCCUUUGAUUAAUAGCGUUUCCUUAGGCAAUUGCACAAAGGGGGCAGCGGCCUUAUACUAUUUCAAUAUCCUUAUACUCGUCCCAUACCCUUAUAUCCACCCCAUAGCUUUAUACCCUUGUGCUUAUCCAUACCCUUAUACUCCAUACCCAUCCUAUACUCAUAUACUCAUUCCAUACUCUAAUACUCAUCCCAUGCCCUUAUACUCAUCCCAUGCCCUUAUACCCAUCCCUUACCCUUAUACCCUUAUACAAACCCCAUACCCUUAUACCCUUACUCAUCCCAUACCCUUAUACCCUUACUUAUCCCAUACCCUUAUACCCUUACUUAUCCCAUACUCUUUUACUCAUCCCAUACCCUUAUACUCAUCCAAUACCCUUAUACUCAUUCAAUACCCUUAUAUUCACCCCAUAACCAUGGCUGUAUACUCACUUAUCUUUAUACUCAUAUACCCUUAUACUCAAAUAUCUUUAUACUUAAAAUACCCUUAA